UUCUUUUACUUGCAGAUGUUUUUUAUGAAUUUUAAUUUAUUUGUAACUGUUUUUUAUCAUUUUAAUUUCUGUUUAACACCACGCGCAUGUUGCCUUCAGACGGACAGCGGCAGGAUGGUACAUAGAGGGUUGGUUGUUGUUGUCUUCUUCCUCACUGUGUCCCUGGGUCUUUGUCUUUCUUCACACGUUUAUGUCCUAGACGAUAAAGCAGGACUGGGGCGGGUGUUUGACGGAGUUGGAGGUCUGAGCGGCGGAGGGGCGACGUCUCGGUUACUAGUUAAUUACGCAGAGCCGUACCGCAGCCAGAUCCUAGACUUCCUGUUUAAACCAAACUUUGGAGCUUCUCUGCAAAUACUGAAGGUGGAGAUCGGAGGAGAUGCUCAGACUACUGAUGGAACAGAGCCGUCCCACAUGCACUAUGAGAAUGAUGAGAACUACUUCCGAGGCUACGAGUGGUGGCUCAUGAAAGAAGCCAGGAAGAGGAACCCCAACAUCACACUCAUAGGGUUACCCUGGGCGUUUCCUGGUUGGGUUGGCCAUGGCAAGAACUGGCCCUAUGACUUCCCAGACAUUACUGCAGCAUAUGUGGUGAACUGGAUCCUUGGUGCCAAGCAGUACCAUGAUCUGGAUAUUCAGUAUGUUGGGAUUUGGAAUGAGCGAAUCUACAACAGCAAGUACAUCAAGCUGCUGCGGUACACCCUGGAUAAAAAUGGCCUGGAGAGGGUCAGGAUCAUAGCGAGUGACAACCUGUGGGAGCCCAUUGCCCUGUCACUGCUGCUUGACCCUGAGCUGAGCAAAGCUGUAGACGUGAUAGGGGCUCAUUACCCAGGCACCAACACAGUGACGGACGCCCUCAAGACGCAGAAGAAGCUCUGGUCGUCCGAGGACUACAGCACCUUCAACGAUGAGGUCGGAGGAGGCUGCUGGGCUCGCAUCCUCAACCAGAACUACGUCAAUGGUCACAUGACUGCCACCAUCUCCUGGAACCUGGUGGCCAGCUACUAUCAGGAACUGCCGUUUGGCAGAGAUGGGCUGAUGACGGCUGAAGAGCCAUGGAGUGGCAACUACGUGGUGGAAUCUCCAAUCUGGAUCACAGCCCACACCACACAGUUCACCCAGCCAGGAUGGACCUACCUGCAGACUGUUGGACAUCUUGCACUAGGGGGAAGUUAUGUUGCACUUACUGAUGGGAAUGGAAACCUCACUGUUGUCGUGGAAACUAUGACUCGGGAUCAUUCAGUGUGCAUAAGACCUCCACUCCCUCAAUUCAACGUGACCUCCCAGAAUGCAACUUUCCAGCUGAAGGGAUCCUUUGCCAACGUCAAGGAGCUGCAAGUUUGGCGGUCACAGUUUAACUUCAAGGCAAAAAAGUCUGUCUUUUUUCAGAAGCUACCUCCUGUAAAGUUAUUAAAUGGAUCAUUCACAUUAAAUGUGGCUGAAGAUGAGGUCUACACAGUAACUACCAUUACAACCGGACGGAAAGGCAGUUACCCAAACCCACCUCCUUCAGCACGCUUCCCUAAAGUCUACAAGGAUAACUUUAAUGUUCGAAACCCACCAUUCACUGAAGCUCCAGACUUUGCUGACCAAACAGGCGUGUUUGAAUACUACAUCAACCUGACUGACCCUGGACCUCACAUCUUCACCUUGCGACAGGUUCUUACUGAGAGACCUGUCACGUGGGCGUCUGAUGCUGACCAGACCAUCAGUGUCAUAGGAGAUUAUUUGUGGCAGAACCUGACGGUUACAUGUGAUGUCUUCAUGGAGAGUAUUACUAGGGGUGUAUUCAUAGCAGCCAGAGUGGACAAAGGAGGGGAGUCAGUUCGCAACGCUAACGGAGUCUUCUUCUGGGUGUUUGCAGAUGGCACCUACAAAGUUACCAACGAUAUUGCUGGUCAGACUGUACUUGCAGAGGGUCAGUCUGGUACGCAAACAUAUGGCUGGUACACCUUAUCACUCACUGUGAAAGGCCAGUAUGCGUCAGGGCAGCUGAAUGGAUACCCACUGUGGAAGAAUGCUGUGGUUCUCACUCCAAACAAUGGCUGGGCUGCCAUUGGAACACACUCAUUUGAACUGGCUCAAUUUGAUAACUUUGUUGUGGUGGCAGAAUAAGGAUUUUACUGUCAAUUAAUGAUUUACUGUACGCUGUAAAUAUGCCGAUUCAUUGAUUAGCCUAAUAAAUGCAUUGAUUUGAUAUUUGAGUGCUAGAUUAAAAAAAAAAAUUCUCAAGAACUAAAGGAACAAGAGGGCACACAAGGUAACAAUGCACUACACCCUGACAUACUUAAUUUGUUGUUUAAGAUAGUUGUUAUUGCUCUGCAUGGAUUAAAACAUUUUUUGGGGAUAUUAAACUGAAAAUAUGCAAACCUCACUAAAAGGAAAACAAUAGUAUAUAAGUAACCAUUGAUAUAACAAUGUGUUUAAAAAUACAUAAUUUAUGCCAGGAUGCUAAGAAGGCCAGAGAUAUUCAAGGGGGUCUGAGGUACCUCAGUAGCUGCUCAUCAGCAAACAGCAACAGGCUCUGUCCACUAACAUCAUUCUAAUCAAUGUUUAUUUACUGUGGUCCUGGAGUCCUGGGGCUCAGACAAGAGGGUUGAUUUAACGUUUGUUAAUAAUGUUAUAUCCAUUUGCUAAUGAUUUAAUUUGUAAUAUACACAUUUUAUACCUUAUCUUUUUCAUGGUAUUAAAGUGGUUUGAGUUUCCUUUUCUAUUUUGUAUAUUAUAAACUAAAACCACAUAAAACAAGACAGCAUGCCCAUCUCGGGUCCACGCACAGUGACAGCAGCUGCACUGGACACUAAUGAUUUGUCAGGCUUAUGUGGUGAUAGGCUAUAUUUUAUGAACCGUGAGUGCUAUCAGAUUGAAAUGUUAUAUACAGAUUGAGAUGAAAUAUUUUUCUGAGAUCAUUAUCUCGGAAAUUCCAGAGAUAAGUUUUCAUGGAAUUUUUCUGUUUUUACUGUUUACUUGAAUCACGCUCUAAUUUGGUGUUGGUGGAAGCAACAAUGUCCCUUGUGCUUAGUUUAAUCCAGUUUUACCGUUUUGGCUUGAGACUUUGGGAGAUAAUUGUGUCUUUAAGUAAUAUAGAUGGAAUUUGUAUUAGUUUGUCGACUCAGGACACUGUGGUUGUCCAGACAGAAAGACCAAUCCGAUCUCCUGGACAUUGCGGUUUUCCUCCAGGAUCAGUCGAACCAAUAUGACAUGCUUCACAGAUACAAGAUGAUGCAUCUGAAAUGCAUUAAGGCCAGCUACGGUGACUCAAGAGAUAAUCAGGCAUUUGCUGAAAAUACUGACGGAGUGCAACUGAGACGCCGUUAUCACCGUCGACAUUUCUAUCAGAAUCCAUGUCCGAACUUUUUCUGCCACAUAGAUUCAUAUGAUGAACUCAAACCAUAUGGAAUCUGCAUCAAUGUUGUGAUAGACGGGUUUUCAAGAAUUGGUGUGGCUACAUGCAUACUCUACAAACUGCAGUAAAGUGAGCCGUCGUGUGAAGCCAGAUUUGUUUUAAAAAUUUUUUGUCUACUUGUGGCUUUACAGUAAAACAGCAUGGCUGGUUGGAAUGGCCAAUAAUUACGAAAAACACAACUAUAUUUAAGUUAAAGUCUCAUUUGAUAACAAUUGUUUUAUCUUCAUGGCGUAUCUGCUCAUGUCAUUUAUGUAUUUUUCCUGCAAAUUAAAGGGCAAGUCUGAAAAUGGCCCAAUGCAUACAUACUGUAACCAUAUUUGGAAGCUGACUAAAAAAAUUCCAUGAG